UAUACUAAGCUAAGGGUUAUUAAAUUCUGAUGAUGCGAAUAAUAACUAUUUAUCUUCUGUAUUUCGUUUUAUCUGUCCAUUUGUCACUAGGCCGUAUCUUAUAACCGUAAAAGCUGAUAGCUAAAAUUUUCACAAAAACGAAGCUAAGCAGCACUUGACAGGAUCAUAAAUUUAAUGUAUACCAACGAGCUUCAUUGCUUGUCGUUAGCGUAACGGGUCCGAAUCGUACAUGACCGGUUGGCUAAGGCAUAUUCUUACAUUUACCAACCCAUGUUGCAGUGUUUUAAUAUUUACUAGUCAAAGCUAAGAAUAACCAAUAUUGGGGGCUAAACUGUGUCAUUUUUUAAUUUAUAUAAGGAGCUUUGUAACCUCAUCAGUUAUUUUGAAAUACGAAAUUCAAUUUCUAUUUAGGCCUAGAAAUCUUCAUUAUUUACGACCUUAAUGUAAUUAUUGAAAUUUCACGCUAUGUUAAUUGCAUCGACAGAAAAAAAUAAUUGUCUGCAGUACCAGUUUGUUUCUAAUGUCGUUGGCGUAAAUAUGAUUAAAUGUUUGCGUUUCUUCUUAACCUUUUUCACAUUUUGUAGUUUAUGGAGCGACUCUUCGCCCAGAGAAAACAAUUUGGCAAAAAAAGGCAGUUUAUUUCGGCUUGGGUGGCCAGUGCUCUGCAAGUUUCAACCUCAGAGUUACGACUGUUUGAUUAACGAUACCUCCGUAUUCAGGUUCUACUACGACGUGAAAAUGAGAGAUUGCAUGACUUUCGAGUACUUUGAUUGUGUACCGAGUUAUAAUAAAUUUACGUCGUUAGCGGAAUGUCACAAUAUUUGCCGAUGGUCUGGGCUUAAAACUAUAUACAGUAACUACACCGCGAAUAUAUACUGCCUUUUUCAACCUGAGUUUGGAGACUGUAAUUCCUAUUAUCCAAUGUAUUACUUCGACAUAUCUGAGCGCAGGUGCAAAGGAUUCUCGUACAGCGGCUGUGGAGGGAAUAGGAACAGAUUCCAGACUCCAAUCGCGUGCAAAGCAGUUUGUUCUGAAGCCGUUCCCUACCCCAAGCAUUAUCUUUUCAUGAAGGAUUUUUAAGAUAAAUUACUUUUGAUUGUUAUUUAACUCGGUAUUUUAUUACUCACCGCCCAUAUUGCUUUACAAUUGGCUUUACAACAAAAUAUCAGAGCGGGAAACUAAUUUUAAAAAUAUGAUUUUAGUUUGCUUGGUUUUUCUCCCCAGCGAAAAACCUAGAGAAGGUGUGACGAUUCUAUUUUAUGUGUAGGAGCUAUUUAUUUAAU